AUGGUAUGCACACGAUCUGCUGCUCGUCGUAUGCAAUAUAGUGCUAAUAACAAUGCUGCUAGUCAAAACAGAACCAUUCAACUCAAUUGUAACAAUGAAUCAUUGAGUGAGGAGAUAGGCGAAACAUAUUCGUUAUCUUUGGAUGAAUUUACAGGACCCACAUCGGCAGCAACGUUGGAUAGUAUGGAUACGAAUGAUUUAUUAACAAUUAAUCCAAUAUUAUCACCAUCAGCUCCUACCGCAGCAACACAAUCUAUCGUAGUCACACCGGCCAUUGGUGACCUGUCACUUGUUACUGUUUUCACUGUUGUACAAGAUGAAACUGAAUCAGUGCUUACAUACCCUGUAGUCGUUGAAACUAUCACUUGGCUAAAAACAACACGUGGAGGAGACUUAUUAUGCAUGGGUGGCUAUUCGUACAGAUUUAUAUCUGAAUCUAUCAGAAAUAAUAUAGCUAGUUAUCGGUGUUCAUAUAAACAACAUGGAUGUCGAGCCGUCGUUAAAGUGGCAAUUGAUACAAAAACAUUUAUUGAUACCAACGGUCAUAAAAAUAAUCAUCCAUCAGAUGAAAUAGAUUGCAAAAAAGCAUUAAUAACAAACAUAACAAAGAAACGUGUACUUAAUGAAUCAACCGGUGUUUUGAAAAUCGUUGAAGAAGAACAUGCCAAACAUCAAUUAAAUCAUGAAGAAUAG